AUGUCAAGUUCACACCAGUCCUUGCAGAUGGGAGAGAGAUCGGGGAGCAACGCGAGUCGGACUUUCCUCGAUAGUGACCCAUUAGAGGGGCUCAGCAGUCGAGGCCCAUCACAUCCUUCAAGCUUCCAUGGCCCGUUGUCAAUAUCACGUUCACGAUCAGGGAUAUACAUGAAUGAUACUCGUUCUCUAGUCGCUGCAACGUCCACGCCCUCCACGAUGCAUCUGGCGCCGGGCAUGACUCAUUCCAAACAUAGUCUUGUUUCGCAGGGCAGUGGUCAAUCUCUUACACGAUCAAUGACUGGGUCACAAUGUGGACAACCUACAUUACGACUGCAUGAGGGACAUGUUUAUCAUCUCCCGAAACACAUCCAUAGUUCCAUCGCGUUACAAGAUGGACCACCAGAUCUUGAUACCGGUCAUCAUGUUCAUCUCAUCGUUCCGCCCGGUAGCGACGAGAAGCCGGGCUCGGAGAUUGUCGAGGUCCAUGAAGAUAACCCCCCAGGAAUAUUUCCUAUGGUUGCGAAAGGAGUCAUGAGGGCCGCCGACAAUACCCAAACUACUGUCCCCGCUAUGACAAUCACAUUUCCUGUGCAUGACCCGAAGGCGGUUGUACCCCUGGGAUGGACCACGCUCGUUCAUCCAGAAGGUUCUCGCUACUUUCUAAACGAGAAACAAUAUGGCUAUUAUAUGCAGAGAACAUUCACAGAAGUGGAUAUCUUUGACACACAAAUACUCAGGCGCAUCGAAUACUACAUGCAAUACUUGUGGAGUGGGCUCGAGUCCACCGUUAAACGAGAGAAGCUCGACCUCGACAUGACGCAGGUGGACCUUGUGCUUGAGCUAAAGAACAGCGACGCAUCCGCUAGCUCUGCCACCGUUUGUUGGUACUAUUUUGUCAACCACAAUGGCAGGUGCCUCUUUUGGUUGCACGAGUCCAAUGUCGAAGAUGUGCUCUCCGAUUGUAAAGGCGUCAAGAGUCUUUCACACAUACGGCUUGCCAUUGAGGCACAAUACUGGUUCACAUACAAGUAUACUAACGGACAACGAAGGCUACAUUGGGAAUACUUCCCUAACCUGUGUGUAGUCUUACAAGACCAUGUCGAUGAGGUUAAGGAUACACUGAUGCAUGCAACAUGUGACCACAUGACAUCGAAGCGGUCUUCUGCGCUAGGUGAUGUCAUCGAACUCAAGGACUACAUUUCGGUGGUAGACGGAAUCAAGGUUCAUCCCCCUGAAAACCAGCAGAUACGAUGUCACGCUGCCAUUGUCAUUGGCCGUAUCAUGAAAUUAUUCAGUGACAAUCAGUUUAUCAACUUUCACGGGGAGAAUUGCGUGAGACUGAUCUCUGACAAGACAGUCCAUGGUUGGGCAUACACGCCAUCACUGUUGAUGGUCGUGGUCUCACCCCUUCUUUUUUUGGACCCAGCGACACAAGUCCAAGAACUGCAUAGGGCUUUUGUAGAUGAAAUUGCUUCCACGGCACGGUGGAAUGCACUUAGUUUAAAAUUAAAAGGGCGGCUGCAGGACUCCAAUCUCUUGGCCACUGUCUUACUCAACGCCAAUGUUGGGUUUCUCGCUAUCAACAGUGUUGAUAUGGGCGGGAGAUCUGUCAUUCAGAUGGCCAGCUACAUGUCCUUGGUGACGAGCUUUGGAAGUAUAAUUCUCGGUAUCUUCUUGGUCUGGCAUGAACGAACUUCUGGAGAUAAUACGGCCUUGGAAGCAGCAUCAUUCGCAUUAAGGCUUCACGACAAAAAGCACGGACUUGAAAGUCUGGCCAUAAUUUACAGCGUUCCCAAGGCAUUAUUUAUCUGGGGAAUGAUCUUCUUUUUUGUGGCAUUCUCCAACAAUUGGUACGGUGCCGGGGAUACAACUUCCAGGGCCGUAGUUGGCGCUGUGACACUGAUCGUAUUCGCGAUGAUAUUAAACGGCAUCAUUCGCAUCAGGGAAGGAGAAGGCUGGUGGUGGCGUGCAAUUGGCCAGCAGCUAUUAUCCCUUCCAGCUUACGCUUGGAAACGAGUCAUGGGGUUCGUGGAGAUGACAAGAGGUCAAAGAUGCGAGCCUCAACCUGACCCUGAAGAAGCCAGCCUUCACACAUUGACACACCUCUCGCAAGCAAACGUUGAGGCAGAUGUUUCAACUUCACGAAACUUUCAACGAGAAAUAUCAGGCGUGGACGGUCACGAAGAUCACUUUCACUCCUCUGUCCCUCGAACUCAGUCAUACCAGCCCAAUGCCUCUGUAGCGUCCAGGAAUGAAGGACAAACAGCAGCAGUAGCCAACGAUACGGACGCCGCAAUAUUGCCUAGUUCAUAUUAUACAGAACAGGAGAAUGCAAGAUACACAGACAACAUCGUCGAAGAGCCCGAGGAGGUUGAUCACCCCCGGCCUUCGCCGAGCACAGCUCCACAUCCAAAGAUCGUCGCUAGAAGUGCCACCAAUGAACCCUUCCGGCAUGCGCCGGUGCCUGCGAAAUGGACACUACAAGACGGUCAGGACAUAGAAGGUGCAAAGAUUAGGACUUGA